UCAUUAGUAACACUAACAGAGGUAAUACUUUCUCGAGUUGCAUCGUAGCUGGAGAUAAAAUUCAGUUGGGAUUACGAUCAUCUAUCUUCGUUUGCUUGAUUGUGAGUCAAAAUUCGAAGACGUUGCGGUCGAUGAUAAGCAGUACGAAAAAAACAAUCAACGGAAUUCAUCGACGUUACAUGUAUUUCGGACGGAAACAACGAAACAUGCCACCGAUACGUUUGUGAAUUAACUGCACGAUUCAUGCAGAUUCUUCGUUUAGUUAUUAAAGAUGUACGUCAUCGAAGUCUGAGCCUCACCGUACGAUGCAGUCCAUUUAUUGGACCGGGAGAUUGCUGUCUCGGGCGAUAUGGAGUGGUAUAUCAAAUUAUACGGCAUGUGCCGAUCCCAAUGUGAAUAAACGUCGUGAAGCAUCCUUCAUUUCGGCUGUAUGUGGUUUUCCCAAAGAUUUUGCACGAGGACGUAUGCGUAAAGGACAGUUUGGUGAUGACGCUUGGUUCAGUGCCAAAUUCAAGACUGUUGAAGUAAUAGGUGUAGCUGAUGGUGUGGGUGGAUGGCGACAUUACGGUAUAGAUCCAGGAGAAUUUUCUAGCUUUUUAAUGAGAACUUGUGAAAGACUGGUCUCCAUGGGCAGGUUCACACCUUCAGAACCCGCUAGAUUAUUAGCAAAUAGUUACUAUGAAUUAUUAGAAAAUAAACAACCCAUAUUAGGUAGCAGUACUGCGUGUGUUAUAGUCCUUAAUAAAGAGACGAGUAGCAUUUAUGCAGCUAAUAUCGGUGAUAGCGGUUUUGUAGUUGUAAGGAAAGGAGAAGUAGUACAUCGUUCUUCCGAACAACAACAUUACUUUAAUACUCCAUUUCAAUUGUCUCUUCCACCUCCAGGACAUUCUGGUCUGGUACUUCGCGACAGCCCAGAAUCUGCGGAUACCUCGAGUUUUGGAGUUGAAGACGGCGAUGUAAUUCUUCUAGCAACGGAUGGAGUUUUUGAUAAUGUGCCUGAUCAAUUACUUAUUACUGAAAUGCGUAAAAUUCAAGGGGAAAGAGAUCCUACCAAGAUACAAGGUGUCGCUAACUCGAUAGCGUGGAUGGCUCGUAGUUUAGCAUUUGACGGCGCAUUUAUGUCUCCGUUUGCCCAGAGUGCUAGAGAGAAUGGAAUUGACACUAUAGUAUGAGAGGUAUGAACAGUGUCAAAAAGAAAAAGUAACGAAAAGAAGAAACAAAAUCAUGGAAUAGAUCUUAUAACUGAUUCUUUAAAACAGAAUAACUACUUCAUUUUACGAAUAACUCAAACAAAUUGUAAUAUUCAUUUACAUCAACGCUUUAAUUUUGUAUUUUCCAGGCGGUAAACCAGAUGACAUUACAGUGCUUUUAGCGACGGUGGCAAUAUAAUAAAGUAUGUACAAUAGAACCUUGAUCAUUGUAUUAUAGUCCAUGUCAUUGCGUAUGUGUACCUAGUUUUACAUCAUUAUAUCCCGUUAUGAUAAUCAUUUGCUAUUUAAAUAAAUGGUUUUGUAAAUCAUUCUGUACCAUGAUUAAUUUUUUUUUCUUUAAGUAACCAUCGUGAAAAAAUAAACAAUUAAAA